AUUCAAUCAAUCAAUUCAUUCAAUCAAUCAACCGCGGCGACAGAGAGCUGUCGUGUCGCAUGAAUUUAAUUCGCUAAAAAGCUAUAAUUUCGUGUUAAACCGUCUCCUUAUAAAUUUAUAGGGAGUGACCCUUAAAAUCGUGCGCGGUGUGAUGUUAAACUAAAGUUCUAGAAGUAACAGUAUCUAAUAGUGUAUCAAAAAUGGGUGCCCGGGUUUCCAGAACAGAUUUCGAGUGGGUUUACACGGAGGAACCUCAUGCGAGCCGCCGGAAAAUAAUCCUAGAAAAAUACCCACAGAUCAAGAAGCUCUUCGGUUACGAUCCUAACUUCAAAUGGGUGGUGACAGCUAUGGUGCUCAUUCAGAUCAUCUCGUUACCCUUCGUGGUGCAGCUCAGCUGGCCCGUGAUGCUGGUGGUGGCAUACUGCUUCGGAGGAGUUAUUAAUCAUUCACUUAUGUUAGCAAUUCACGAGAUAGCCCACAAUUUAGCCUUCGGUCACAACCGGCCUUUAGCCAACAGGCUAUUUGGCUUCUUCGCGAAUUUACCCAUAGGGCUGCCAGUUUCAAUCAGCUUUAAGAAAUAUCAUUUAGAACAUCAUAGGUAUCAAGGUGACGAAGUCAUAGACACUGAUCUACCAACGUUAUUAGAAGCAAAAUUAUUCUGCACGACCGGUGGCAAGCUAGCGUGGUUGUUCCUACAGCCAUUCUUCUACAGCUUCAGACCUCUGAUAGUCAGACCUAAGCCCCCCACGCCUAUGGAGCUCAUCAACCUGGUUAUACAGUUGUUCUUCGAUGCUAUCAUUAUUAAAUUAUUUGGAUGGAAAGCGCUUGGUUAUCUAAUAUUCGGCGCGGUGAUGGCUAUGGGCGUUCAUCCAGUCGCAGGGCACUUCGUAGCUGAACACUAUAUGUUCAAGAAAGGCUACGAGACCUACUCGUACUAUGGCCCGCUGAACUGGAUCACUUUCAACGUGGGCUACCACAAUGAGCACCACGACUUCCCGGCCGUGCCUGGCAGUAAAUUACCUGAGGUACGCCGCAUAGCGCCGGAGUUCUACGACAAUUUACCCCACCACGACAGCUGGUCUAAGGUCCUAUACGACUUCGUAAUGGACCCCGACAUCGGACCUUACGCCCGAAUGAAGAGAAAACACAAGGGACUCGACAGUUAAGUUGGCAACACUACUUCUGUUAUGUUGGCAACACUGGUUUUGUGUAGUCUGUGGUGUUUUGUUUUUUUAUGUUGGUAGACGGCGUUUGCGAUGUUUUUUAGGAGAGCGACAUCUGUUGGUGGGAAUUUGUAUUUUUUACGGCAAAAAAACAAUGUUUUGAAUAUAAAAGCUAGUUUUCAAAAAAUUUGUAUCGUUGUCAAAACUGUUUACUUUAUGAAUCUUUCCUUAACUCAAUGAUGAAAACCGCAUAGAAAUCUAUGUAGUAGUUUUUGCGUUUAUCAUGAACAAAUGUGCCUGAAAAGUAUUGAGACUGCAUACUUUACGUACAUCCCUCUAUUUAAUCAUCCAAAUCCCCAUGAAAAUCUAUGUAGUAAUUUUCGAGUUUAUGACGAACAAACAGAAGUGUCUGCUUUAAAUUGUAUGUAUGAAUGUACGGAUUCUUUAAUAAUAUGUAUAUGUAUGUUUCAAAAUACAUUAAAAAAUCAUGUAUAACGCAUCGCAAGCGCUAUCUAUGAACUGCAAACAGUAAUUCUAAAUGUUGAUCUUGUUUUUAUAUUAAAUUAUGGAUUUGAUUAGAACGCUAUGUAUUAUUAUUUUAAAGUAAGUUGUAAUUGUAUAGAAAUACAUUUGUUUUUUAUAAUCAUAACAUUAUGCAGAAUUUUUCUUCUAAGAAUACUACGUUUUUUUUCUAUGUAGAAUUACUGUGGAUAUUAACUUAUCAUUAUUUAUCUACUAUUGUAAAUCUGGCUUGGGAUGUUUUGUCACAUUUUUAUAUGAAUUGAAAAAUUGGGGGCAACUUUAAAUAAAUAUUUUGGGGGUCAGAAAAAAAUUAUAGAUAUAAAUUGAAAGCAUUUAUGUACCUAUUUUAUCAAAUUAAAAUAACUAUUGUUAAGUUAAGGUACAAUUUGGGAGCGUACCUUUACGUCAUUAGAUUAUGUUCCAUGUUUUACAUGAUAUUAAUUUUAUCUUACUAUGUAUAAAAUAUAUUACAUUAAUUUCUAUUACUAUAAUAUUUCAUGUAUCCCUUCCAUAUGAGAAUUAAGUACGGGGGUACCUUACCCAAAAAAGUUAGCUUUUAUAUUCAUUCUUAGUCUAUCCUUGAAUUAGCAUACUACAGGAAUAUGGGUAUUAAAAUACCACGGUGAUAAUAAAAUUGUACAUUUGAAUAUUGUAACUUGUUAUACAUAUACAUUUCUAUGUAAAAAUAUAUAUUAUAGUAUUAAAA